CCGAUCUCUGUUUCUCCUACUGUUCAGCUUGUUCUGCCCUCACAACCUCGAACGUCGGUGCCAUGGCGGAAUUAGUUGUAAGUCCAAUCAUGGAGAAGAUCAUCGACGCUUGCUCUGAUUACCUUAAAGAUUUUAGUAAGGAUUGCCUUAAAGAUUACCAUAAAGAUUACCUUAAAGAUCAAUUCAGAUGGCAGUCAGGCAUGAAGGAGGAGCUUGAAAGGCUGCGAGAGAACCACCCCAAGAUCCAAGCUGUCGUCUUUGCAGCUAACCAAGCACAACUCAACGAUAACAACGGUGAUCUCAACAACUGGAUAUGGCACCUGCGAGAUGCUAUUGACGAGGCAGAUGAUGUGCUGGAUGAGUUGAAGUACAUGAAUCAAGAAUAUAUUUAUGACGAAACAAAGAAAAGAAAGUUCCUGCCGAGCUUCCUAUUUGAAAUUCCUCGUAAAUUUUUCAAAAUUGGCGAACGUGCUCUCAAAAUGGAUCCCAACUUGAAGCGACUGGAGGAGGCUGUGCAGAAACUUGAUAGAGUUUCGGCUGAUGUUACUACUUUCCUUCAUCUUUUAGACAACGCGAAGCAGGAACAGAAGGAGCAGAAGGUUGAUUUCUACAGAACACGUGAAACUGGAUAUUUGCCUAAAAAUGGUCUCAUUGGGCGGCUCAGGGAGAAGGAGCUUGUUAUGGAGUGGCUGAGGAACCCAUCAAAUGAGCAUCGGGGAACUGAUUUGUACAGAAACAUUUCUCUUCUAUCUAUAGUGGGCCAUGGUGGUAUGGGGAAGACAACUCUGUUGCAACAUGUUUAUAAAGAUGAAAUUACAAGGGAAUUUGAUCUUAAAAUGUGGGUUUGUGUUUCCAACAACUUUGAUGUCAAAAAAGUCAUUGCAGAUAUGUUGGAAUCUCUUAAGAAGGAGAGGCCUCGUUCGGAGACACUUGUGGCACUUCAAGGGCGUCUCGAGGAGGAGGUGAUGUCCAGAAAGUUCUUACUUGUGCUGGAUGAUAUUUGGGAGGAGGAUGAGGAGAAGGAUAAAAGCAAAUGGGAGGAUGUGCUCGCCCCUCUUGCUUCUGGGAGUUUUGGUAGUAAGAUUCUAGUAACAACUCGAAUGGACUCAGUUGCACUGAUGUUUGCAAAGGUAAUUAACAAGGAGGAGGAAAUAGUAAAAUUCAAGGAAAAUGAGGGUUUAUUGGGUCAGAAUUCUAUCAGUUCCAACUUACGAUUGAGCUAUAUAGUUCUGCCAAAGCAUCUACAAAAUUGUUUUGCAUUUUGUUGUAUGUCCCCACAAAAUCAUACGUUUGAUAAAGGUGAUCUAAUCAGAAUGUGGAUUGCAUUGGGUUUCAUUCAGCCAUCUCAAGGAAUGACUAUGGAGGAUAUCGGAGGAAGGUAUUUUGAUGUUUUAGUCGAAAAAACUUUUUUUGAGAAGGUCAGAGGUCUCUACAAGAUGCAAGAUUUAAUAUAUGAGUCAGCAUCUAAAUUUUUUGCACAGGAAUGCGGUAAACUUGUGACUGAUGAAGAGUCAUCUCUCAAAAUUCCUGAGACUAUUCGACACUUGUCUAUUCAAACUAAAAAUCUAAGCAUCUUAAGAAAGAUUCAGAAGUUUAAACAUUUGCGUUCUGUUUUCUUGUUCUAUGAAGAUUUUAAUCAGGAUCUUUGCAGUGCGCUUAUUGAAAUAUUCAAAGCAUUGAGAUGCCUGCGCCUAUUAUACAUACGCACUCAUAAAUUGGAAAUGAUGCCCGAGGAGAUUAGAUAUUUGAAACAUCUAAGAUAUUUGAAGAUCCAAAAUGUUUUAUCACUUCAUGGCACUAGGCUUCGGGAAUUACCGAAGCUUCCUCCCUCUUUGAAACAUCUAUCAAUUUUGGGAUGUCAUCCAGAUUUAUUUGAGCGCUAUCGAGAGGAUGGAGGCUCCGAUCGGCACAAGAUUGCUCACAUUCCUCAAAUCCAUAUUUCUACCGAAUAAUAGGUCCAACUACUUUUAUGAAAAUUUCAAAAUACAUGGCCUGAGGACGAGUUAUCUUCUCAUGGGUGAGUCUCUAUGUGGUCUUGGUUUUUGUUUUGCUUUUUUUUUCUUACUUUGUUUGAUAUUGUAAUUAGUCUGAAUCGAAGACUCGUAAUUUUU